GAUAAACACCGGCAGCCCUCUUAAACUAAGUGCCUUUCAGUGAGAUGAGCCCGCCUCCCUCCUCUGCAGGAAUGUGAAAUGCACCUGAACCGGAUCCCGCAUGAGGAAGAAUGACUGCACUAAGUCGCCAACCCACCUGUUCCGGGACAGAAGUUUCCCUGGCAGGUUUGACAAAAAUCAAUAUCAAUUCAUUCCACUAAUCUCGGUCAGCUGCGGAGCAGUUCAGCGAGGAGAGCGGCCGGUUGAACUCUUGACAAUCAUGGAGGAGUGCUGCCUGUCUGGAGAUGACCUGGAGAGAGCGAGGAUUCACCGGGAAAUAGAGAAGCAACUCCGCCGCGAUAAGAAAGAUUCUCACCGGGAGUUCAAGCUGCUGCUUCUAGGGACUGGUGAAAGUGGGAAGAGCACUUUCAUCAAACAGAUGAGGAUCAUCCAUGGCACCGGAUACAGUGAAUCCGACAGGAAAGGCUUCACCCGGCUGGUGUUUCAGAACAUCAUCACAGCCAUCCAGGCUCUGAUCCAAGCCAUGAAGAAUCUAAAAAUUGACUACAUUGAUGACACUAACAUUAGCCGUGCAGAGAAACUGAAUGAGCUGGAUUCGACCCAGGUGCGUAGUCUGGAAGUCUGGCAGGCGGAUGCCAUUAAGAGAGUGUGGAAUGACCAUGGUGUUCAAAAGUGCUAUGACCGCAGGAGGGAAUUCCAGUUGUCAGAUUCUGCCAAAUAUUACCUGAACGACAUGGACAGAAUCACAAACCCAAUGUACAUCCCCACCCUGCAGGACAUCUUGAGGGUCAGGGUCCCCACCACAGGCAUCAUAGAAUACCCCUUUGACUUUUCAAAAGCUGUCUUCAGGAUGGUGGAUGUGGGUGGCCAGCGUUCAGAGAGGAAGAAAUGGAUCCACUGUUUUGAGAACGUCACCUCCAUCAUAUUCCUAGCUGCCCUCAGCGAAUAUGACCAGGUCCUCUACGAGAGUGAGAAUGAUAAUCGACUGCGCGAGAGCCUCGCCUUGUUCCAGACAAUCCUCUCAUACCCCUGGUUUCAAGAGUCCUCCAUCAUCCUCUUUCUGAACAAAACAGACCUGCUAGAAGAGAAAAUCAAACAGUCUCAUUUGGCAACCUACUUCCCAGACUUUAAAGGCCCCCAGUGUGACAUGGAAUCGGCAAAAAAGUUCAUCAUGAAAAUGUACGUGGACCAGCAUGUCAAUCGGCACAAACCGCUCUACACUCACUACACCUGCGCCACAGACACGGAAAACAUUCGGGUCGUCUUCAAAGCGGUGAAAGACACACUCUUCAGGGAUAACCUUGAUAAGUUCAACCUCGAGUAAGGGAGAUUGAAGGACAAUCGCGCCGAUCACAAUCCCACGUUGUAACACUUUCAUGGACCUUUCAUCUGUUAUGCGCUGUCAGCUUGUUGAAAACUAUCAAAGAGACAAUCAGACAGCAGCAUGAGGUAAGACCGGUUUAUCAUAAACCUGCACCAGGGAGAAUCAGUUUAUCAUAAACGGUCAAUAAGUAUGUUUCCUGUAGAGAGAUGGACAACUGGAGAGCCGGUUAAUUGUUAUAAAGACCUGUCACAGAUGUAUACUUUUUAACUACAUUACUGUUUGACUGUUUGUUUGCUAAUGGUAUCAGACUGGUUUAACAAAAUCUUAUCUAGCAAGAAUGCCACCCACCCUGCCUUGCAGCUCUGAGAUGAGGAAGUAAAAGGAUAGCCUACAGGGAGCUGCCUUAGUUUUCUUUUUUUUUACUGGUGUAAUGUUAAUGUUUUUUAAUGUCUGGACUUAGCCUAUGAAUUAUUUUAAUUUUUUUCUCCCCUUUAACUGUGUAAUUAAUAACUUUGUAAUAUAAAACCCACAUAUGAUGUGUGUUUCAAAAACCUGCUGUUACUUAGUCGCACAGAACUUUAUUUUGACAUUUAUAUAUACAUAAAGAUUUAUGUACAGAAA